AAUUAACAACAACCGAGUAAUUCAAACAAAUAUGUUAUACUCCAAAAAAUUCAGGUUAGUCCGCCAUCUUUCGGAAGUCUUAUGCAGGUAAAUAAUAAUAAAAACAGGGAGUGUCCGAGGAGAAACUCAAAAAAAUAAUAAAAAUCCUCGAUACUCUGAUGAUUAAAGAUCAAUUAAACAGGAAUUGAUCCCUGAAAAUUCGAGAAUUCCCUGGAAUCGACGGAUAUUUACGUUGUCGUGGCUGGUGCUAGGUGAGGAUCAGCUCCAUCACUUCAAGAUCAUCAGGAUUGAAAAUCUGUAAAUAAAAAUGUUGAAGAGAAGAGUGUUGCAGGCGAUUUUCACUCUAGGACGAAGAAUGAAUAUUUCUGUCAUCGAGAAAACUACGACAAGAAGAUUCCGUUAUCGAGAUGAAACCAACCCCCUGUGUCCCAAGGGUGUCAUAGGGGGAGGUCUAGCUUUCCUGGGGAUUUUCGGAUUUGGAAAGGAAGACGAGGAAUUGGAACCUGAACUCAUUACAACAAUUAAAAGAUCCAUUUUGUUAAUUCAAAGAGGCGAAUACAAAAAAGCUGAGCAGAUGCUGCACGUGGCCCUCCAUCAGGCGCAGACUCUCCAGCACUACGACGGAAUAACAUACGUCUACGACGUCUUGGCGAAUUUGGCAUUCGAAGUUGGUGACGUAGAAAAAUCGAAAAAGCUGUUCGUAUCGGUGAUGCAACGAUUGAUGUCAACCGGUACCGCAGAGGGUGACAUGAAGAUGAUCCACAUCAGCCUAAAGCUGGCGAGACUCUACGAAAUAAGUGGUGACCCAGGAAAAGCAGAGAACGGCUACGCGUUCUGCUUGAAGCAUGUGCUGGAGCAGGCGAAGACGAGCCCAGAGGACGAGGAUGUCCUCCUCCUCUGGGGAAUGACCCUCGACUGGUACGGGAAAUUCCUCCUGUCCCAGUCUCGAUUGCCUGAGGCCCUCAAGUGCUACCAGCAGGCCCACAAAUUGUGUCAGCAAGUCCACGGGGAUGAGCACGAACAGACUGUAGUCCUCCUCAACGACUUGGGGACUGUCUACUGCCUCCUAGGGGAAUACGAAAAAGCCCUGGGACACCUGUCAGACGCCAUAUUAAUUGGAGAAAAACUGCCAGAAAUGUCAGACUUGAGUUCAAUCCACGUUAACAUAGGAAACGUGUACCUGAAGAGGAGUUUGUACAACGAGGCACGUGAUGCCUGCACUGUGGGUCUCAAGUUAGCAAAGAAAAACAAUGAUAUCGAGUGUCAAGAGCAGGCAAAUGCUUGUCUGGCCGAGGUGAAAAAAUUACUGAGUCAAUGACGAAUAUUUACAGAGAAAAC